AUGGAUUACGUUUUGGUCAGAGUCCCGCCCCCCGCAUCAGGAUUGCCCCGUCCCCGUUUCUCCCUCUACCUGUCGUCCCAGCUGCAGUAUGGAGUGGUUCUGGUCUACCACAGACAGUGUGGUUUUUUGUUAGAAGAUACCCAAGGGGCCAUUGAUAGACUUCUCCGCCUUAACCGGAAGGCAAACAUUGAUUUGAUGGAUGAAGACACCAGGCAGAUUCACGUGCUCCCUGAUGCUCUGGCAUUAUUAGAUGAGACAGAAGGGGCGAGAGAUCCCUUCUUUGGAGUUAUGGACACUGGCUAUGGCCUACCUAGUCCAAGCAGCCUCAUUCAGCAAAUAAGAGAGGUUUUACCAGAGCAAGCCCCGCCCACAAGGGAACCAACACCACCUUUAGAUGGCAUCACAGCCAGUCAGGAGGCCAUCACCCUGACUGAAAGAGAGCCAGUCACCAUGCCUGAGCCAGAGUUUGAAGGUGCAGAGCUGCAGGAAUCUAACAUGAUUGAGCUUCUGCUGGAGCAGCCAGAUCACUUUCCUGAAGAUGGCACUAAACUGGGCAUCCUAUUUCUUGGUGCACAAAUCACUGGCACAUCAAGCCAGGAUGUUGUCCUGCUGCCUGAGGAGGAUUUUGGCCUGCCCAUGGAGAUGCCUGUUUUGGAAGAAAGAGAGAAGACCCCAGUCUCUGUGACUCUACCCUUACCUUCCCCUCUGCCCAGUGAAGAGGUGGAAAUGGUGGUUGAGCCCAGGAAAGAGAAGACGUUGAGAGAGAGGAGCCCUAGUCUUGAGCCUGCUGUAGUGACACCUGAAUUUCCUAAAGUGCAGAGGAAGAGGAGGAGACAGCUGCUCUUCUUUGACGAAGAUACACAGAUAUCUCAAGAGGAGAUGAGGGCCCAGAUUGAUGAUGUGGAGAUAGAGACCAGGCCGUUGACAAAUGUUCUCAUCAAACCGCCCUUUGAAAAAAGUGAUGCUAAAGCACUACUCGGGAACCCAUGCAUGAAGCUCAAACUGACAGUUGAGUGUUAUGCCUACACAGGCUUUCCACCUGAAAUCCUGGCACUAUGGAAACAGGCUGCGGUCGUGAGACCCAUUCCUCCAUCCGAGUUCCUUUGGGAUGUUCCAGUGGAAGAGGAGAUACCAGAGAGAGAGGAGGAAAGACAUGAACCAGAGGAGAGAGAGCUCAUCUCCAAAGAGAUUCCCAGAGAAAUGGUGGAGUCUGGCCUCUCCCAGCAAGAAACGCCUGCCUCUUUUGUGGUUUUGGAGACAACAGAUAAGGACUUUUCUCCCCUCGAGACGCCGGAAAGCAGACGAUCACCUGUUCCAGAAAUUCAGUAUAGUCUGGAGGACAUCCAAGAAGAGAGGAUUCCAGAGAUGGAAGAGAUUUCAGUGGAUACUGAGGAACCAGUAAGGCCUCUGUUUGCUGUUGAAGGUUUGGUCACCUUUCACUCUCUGCUGCCCCCUCAGGCCAGCCGCAGAAUUGUUGCCCAAAUCUUUUGGGCACUGCUUGAGAAAACAGUUGCAAAACAGAUCACAGUGCGACAGGAUGAGCCGUAUGGUGACAUCAUAAUUUCACAGGUGCAGCCACUGAUCAUUUGAAAGCUGAUGGUGAUAACCUGCAAUUGCACUCAGACAAAACUGGUAUGAUACUUAUUAAAUCAGUGCUGAGGUUAAUGACAUUUAUAAACAGAACUGAAAGUUUUUUUUUUUUAGUUGUGGUAACAACAGCUUCAACGCAAUUUUGUUGGUUAAAUACAGUGAUAUUUUGUACUAUGAAAUACAUUUUUUGUUAAUUUAUGCAGGUUUUCAAUAUUUCUAAAUUAUUGUAAUUAUAAAAAUGUUAUUAUAAUAUUCCUGUUGUUUUUAUUAUAAUAUUGAAUGUUCUCACUUAUGUAACUAUUUUACAUGCAUCAUCCUGUUCCACACUUAAUAUUUAUUCCUUUUACUAUAAUAUGAGAUGUUUGUAUUUUAAAUACAGCAGUUUUGCGCAUACAUGAAUUCUGCAUUGUUUCUAGUUUUAGGCAAU